CGUUCUGUCAGAUGGUAUGUGUAGGUUUUUGGUUAGAAUUUAAGAAUUAAAUAAAAUAUGAGUUCAUAUACAUCAUAAAUUAAUGGUUUGAAUUGGAUUAUUCUCGUUGAUCCAGCUACAAUUAAUAUUUAACCUCUACAUCAAAUAUAACUCACAAUGUAUUCAAAUAUAUCGAUACAAAGGCAAGUAGCCAGAUUGGCUCGCAUUUGUCGAUCUGUGUCAACCUUGGAGGGGCAGAAACUACCUGUGGGCGGAAAAUCAAUAGAUGGUAUUUCGCCGCCGCCGCGCAUCCCCCGCGGGCCCACAGAUAUUCUUCAAGCGUUGGCCGCGACAGUCGGUGUCGACCCUACAGCUCCACAUUACAAAUACCACGAUGAUCCGUUCCUCAUACCGCAGUCGAAUUACCGCAAGCGGGCGUAUGCGUUGUCAGCGGAGGCGGGGCGCAAGGCGGCCGCAUGGAUAAGAGACGAACACGCUAACCUGUUCACUACAAGAGAAUGGGAUCCACCUUUGAAGAUGAAAACUCCUUACGUCAAUGCGGACCCGGAGAUUGAGGCUUAUGCACCGAGGCCUAUCUAUAAUGAUGAGAGCAAGGUCACUGAAGAAGACCUAAUAUAUACCAUCAAAAAUGCGCUCCUAGAUGAUGCAGUCAAGGUGUACCAACUGCUAGGUGGUUCGGAAGGAGUCAAUGAUGAACUGAAGCUUGGUCUUUUGCAACUGCUAUGCUUUUAUAAUGAAAAGGAACCGAUUGCUGCCGAAUGGUUGGAGGAAAGGUGGUUCGCUGCGGCCACUCGGGAGAGACAAGCAGCUACUUGGAGGUUGGGUGGACUUGCAGACAAAAUCUUUGCAUCAAUGGAACCUAAAACACCAGAAGCAUACUGUACACUGAUUCAAGGAAUGGCAAAGUAUUAUCAGGCUGAGCGUGCGCAUGCCUUGGCACAGGAAGCGAAAGAAAAUGGCAUACUCCUGUCCACUGACGUUUACAAUUCUCUACUAAGCUGUGUUGGCUUUUUAAAAGAAGGAACAGCUCUGCGUAUCGAUGCUAUGAAAUCUCUUCUGGCACAAAUGAAUGAACAGGGGCUAACACCAAACAAAGAAACAUUGACGUCAUGUUUGAAAUCGAUAUCGGCGUGGGGCGGUAGCAAAGCGUUACAAACGUUCGCCUUACAAAUUGUCAGCGAAAUGAGAAAAUUGAAUAUCCAACCUGGUCUUGGCGCGUAUUAUCAUUUGUUGUGCUUGUUCUGUAAAGAAAGAGGCCCACGCAUAGACAUUCUAUCAACAAUACUUAGUGAUCUAGAAAGCAGAGCUAGUUUAGAACCAAGUGAUGUGGCAGACACACACUUCUUUAUCACGGCUAUGGGUGUAUGCAGUGAGCAUUUGCAGGAUAUUACUUUAGCAGAGCGAGUACACGCGUUGCUAAUGAAGGACGAUAACUACAAGUUGGUUGGCGACGCAUACAAAGAAAGCAUUUAUUACAGACACUUCGUUACCGUUGCUUGCAGACACGCGCCAUUUGAAAGAACAACUCAGCUACUGGAUACGUUAGUCCCGAAUGUUUAUGUGCCAGAACCUUCAGUAAUGGAAGAGAUAAUAAGGACGCUAGAAGUGAGCGGUGCCGGUGACCGGUUAGCGGAAGCGUGGUCACAGCUCGUCGUUUUCGGACACGCUAAGCGGGUCAAACUCGUCGAGAGGCUUCUAGAAGCUUUCUGCAAUUGUUACUCGUAUCAAGAUGAAGAAGUGAAAGCAAAGAUUCGCGCCGCCGCAGCCGACAUGCUCAAGUUUGGUCAAAUGAUGGAGGAGCAAGGCGAAAAUGAAGAUCGACGAACACCAAUGCAACAAAAGUUGUCAGCGUCGUCUUUGACGAAUAUAAUAGAAUUAUGUUCGGACGUGAAAGAUAAAGAGGAUCCGAGUUGGGAGGUGGUCGGUGAGGGGUUGAAACGUCUGAGGGAGGAACAGGCCACAGGGGUGCCGGCCAAACCUGACGUGCUGGUGGAAGUUGCCAAGAAAGCGGCCAGUGUUGGCAAACCUGGUCUAUCUGCUACAGCAGUUACAUACCUAGCGGAAUGCGGGUUUGAAGAAGCGCUAACUGCGUGCACGGGAACGUUGAGCGUGAUGUUGAACCGACCAAUUGAAGAGGUCGAGACGUUGCUGCGGGAGCCGAGGGCUUCGCUGACGGCCGCGCUGCAUCCCACGGCUUUGGUCAUCGCGGAGGCUUAUCAUUUAGCAAAGACUGGUGCGCCCAUGGAUACUUCGUCUAGUUCAGAAAGCGACAGCGAUACAUCUGAUGAAGAUUAACUUUAAUUACAAUAAUUGUUAGCUUUAGUUGAAAUAUACCAUUAUAGUUGUAA